AUGGCUCCUGUUUUGCAAAGCGACGCCUGUAGCGGGCAAUACCACCAGGUGGUGAACUCAAUUAAUUCCGACUACAUCACCAUCUCAGAAUAUAUUUUACUGCGCAUCUACCAGCUGGGGAUCAGAUCGAUUUUUGGUGUUCCAGGCGACUUCAAUCUCAACUUUCUGGAGCAUCUGUAUGAUAUCGAUGGGCUGGAGUGGAUCGGCUGUUGCAACGAGCUGAACGCGGCGUAUGCCUGUGACGGCUACGCAAAGACGUGCGAGAAGAUGGCUGUGCUGGUGUCGACGUUUGGCGUUGGCGAGCUUUCUGCGCUUGCUGGCGUGGCUGGGAUGUACUCCGAGUACUCUCCGCUGCUGCAUUUGGUAGGCACGUCUGCCAUGCGGCUGAAAAACACCGACAAAAAAUUCCACCAUUUAUUGAGUGGUAGCAAGACGUAUGAGGCUCCAGACCACUAUUUGUACGAGAAAGUGGCCGCCAAUUUCAGCUGUGCGCAGGGAUCUAUAGAUUUGGACGCAGAUAAGGCCUGUUCUACCGUCGACAGAGUUCUCAGAGAGAUCCAUCGGUGUCUGCGGCCAGGGUAUCUGUUUCUGCCGUGCGAUCUGACAGAAAUGAAAGUUCCGACCUCGCGGCUGUACGAGCCGCUGAUUGUGGACUAUGUUCCGCAAAUCAGCAGCCGCUCAACUGCAGUGGUGGAAGCCAUCCUGCAAAAGAUCUACAGCAGCCAGAACCCGGCCCUUUUAGUGGACUAUUUUAUUUCGCGGUGCAAGAUGACCAACACCCUGGCAAAACUGCUUUCCAAGCUGGACGGCCGGGUCAACGUCUACGACACGUUCAUGGGCAAGGGCCUUGUAGACGAGAGCCACGCCUGGUUUGUGGGCACGUACCAGGGAGCACUGGGCAACGGCGACGUGGCGCGCGCGAUCGAGGAGACCGAUCUGGUGCUGCGAAUUGGAACGUUUGACGUCGAGAUGAACAACGGCGCAUUUUCGGCAAAAUUGCAGGACACAAAUGUUGUUUCGCUUUCUAUUGACAGCGUCUCUAUUUGCGGAGAGCUUGUCACAGACGUCAACAUGAGAGACGUAUUUGAGAUGCUUGUGGAGCAGCUGGACGUGGAGCGCGUGGCCAGAAGCAGAAAAUACGAGAUUUCGCGGCCUUCAAGACCAACAGGCAACGAGCCACUCACCAUGAAUGACCUCAGAACGCAUAUUGAGCAGUCGCUCACGCCAAACGACGUGCUUAUCGUCGACACCGGCUCGUUUAUGUGGGCCACAGGAACCAUCGAGCUGCACGGAGCCAAGUUCAUCAACCAGUUCCUGUGGGCCGCAAUUGGAUACGCCAUUCCGGCCACUUUGGGUGCAUGUAUCGCCAAGCGCGACUCGGGCUCUCCGGGCCGUGUUAUCACUGUCGAGGGAGACGGAGCAGCAGAGAUGACUCUGCAGGAAAUCGCGUCGCUGGUACGCUACAAGGUUGACCCUGUGCUUUAUCUGCUCAACAACGAUGGCUACACGAUCGAACGCGUGAUCCAGGGCCCAAACCGGUCGUACAAUGACAUUGCUACCAAAUGGCAGUGGACGGAGAUGGUGCGGUGUUUUGGAGGCGGAAAAAUUGGGCAAAAAAUCGCAAGCCGGUCAGACCUAUCACAGCUGUCUAUCGGCGCAGGUCUGCAGCUUUUGGAGCUGCUGCUGCCGAAAUUCGACGUGCCUGAGGAACUAACAGACUUGCUAGCUAGAGGAAAAAGCUAA